CAGUUUGCAGUGUAUGGCUUGCUGCCGUGGAGUAUAAAAGGCAAAGCCAUCCUUCUCGCUUCAUACACCACAAAGUCCAGAUCUGCUACAACCUGACAGCCUGACAUUUUUCCCUGUGCCGAAAGCCUUCUGUAUUCUAUCAUCAACAUGGCUUCUGCUGGUGAAAUGCAGAUGAAAGAAAUGAAGAUGAAAGAAGUGGCCCCGAAUCGGGUGUCAAUCUUGAAAUUCAACGUCAAAUCCAAGGAGGAAUCUAACGGGAAAUCCAACGGGGAGCCCAAGGAGGAAUUCAAUGCCGUGGGGAUUUCUAGCCUCAGUGGCGGCACUGCAGUCGCCAUCGUCUCCGGUCAGGCCGCCAUUCUCCUCCACAUCGCGCGUCUUCCCGAUGGGACUGGGGAUGGCGAGGCCGAGUUGGCUCAUUUUCGACUGAGGUUGGAAGACAUGAUGGACUGCUACACCAAUAGCUCUAAACACUUUCCUUCGGACAGCACUAGCGUUUACGUGGCAGAGCGCCGGAAGGAGGACCUAGACGGACGACCGCAUCCCAUGAACGAAAUUGGUUACAUUCUGAAUGCGCUUUGCCUCGGGCGACCUUUGGUCGCGCAUUAUGCCGUCAGGCCAGCUGGAGAAGGUCCUGCAUUUGUCAUUGAUGCUAGAAAUUUGGAGGACGUUCAGAUUCUUGUUGAUGAAGACGAAUCUAGGAUGUCCGCUUCAGACUGAGCUGUAUAUAGGGAGCUCUCAGGUGGGUCGAGACUUUCCUUUUGUUUCUUUUUCAUUGUUAUUUUCAUUUAUCAAUUUUCAUCUCAGGUUAUAGAUCAGGUUGAUUGAAUUUGAAUAGAUCGCUUUUAUGCAC